AGCACAGUGAGUUAUUUUUAAUGUUACACGUUAGUUUAAUUUCUGAACACUUAGCACGAAGUUCUUAGACACUUUGCAUCCAAAUACCAACACCAGGUACAGCAUAUGCUUUACACAUGUGGUUCACAGGUGAAGCUCCAGCUGCCUGCUUGAAUUUUUGUGAUCUUGGGCCCAUUUAACCACCGGAACCUUCACCCUCCUCAACCGCACAAUGAAGUUAACCAGAGACCCUCGCACUCCUUAAGGUGUGGGGGCAAAAAAGAGGUACUGCAGGUUACCUAAAAGCUUUUGGCGCGAUGUCUGAGAUGUUCUCGGUACGCAUUAGGUCACUAAGAGGAUCGAAUUAACUUGAAGAAAAACUAACUUUUUAAAAUUAAGCCCAUUAACAAGGUGUCAUAGCUAUUAAACGAAUAACUAUUUUAACCAUUAACGGCUUAUGUAUGUUCUCUUUGGUCGUCUAAAUCUUCUCGUCUCGUGUUUUUGUUACUGCAUUCUCUUUCUUUCACAGAGGAAAACCACCUGAGACUCAGAAUUGUCCAAGGAGGAAACCGAGAAACAGCACUCCAGAGCCCUCGCCAGAGUGGAGGAGUCGCGCCCGCUCGCUGGGUUUCUGGCCAAGACACGGUGCCCGUUGUAUCUCCUCUGACUUUGUCUGAACCACGACCAAGUCCUCCGCGCUUAUAGGUUCAUCCUCAGGAAGAUUUACAUAUCAAUUGCUUAUUGGACGCUUGCACGUACUCGCUCUUCUCACUGGCUGAUAAUGUCUUUGACACCGGAAGUGGCUCGCCGGGACUUUGGAACUGAGGGUCACCUACGCUCCCGCUUCCGGUUUGCCUCCGGAGCCAUGGCGACCGCCGGCGGACAGACAUUAAGCAGAUGGCGCCGGACCUUUGGAGUAGUUCCCCAGGCCCGGGCCCUCGCCGCCCUCGUCCCCGGCGCGACGCACGUGGACAACAAGUCGGGUUUUCUGGGGAGGAAGCCGCACCGCCAGCACCCGGGCGUCCUGCAGCUCCCGCACGUGCGGCUGCCGCCGGCGCUGACAGCCGCGGCGCAGCUGCUGCUGCUCGACCGCGCAGUGCCCAGUGUGGAGGAGAAGGUGCAAACGCUGACCAACUACCUGUGGAGUCGCCAUCUGCCUGUAGAACCCGAGGAGCUGCAAAGACGGGCAGUGCAUCUGGAGAAAAAAAUCCUGGAGAACCCAGACUCACCUCAGACAGAGGACAAACUCCGAGAAGCAGUGCUCCGCGCCCUGCGCAGAACCACCUACCACUGGCAGGAACUGAGAUACAAUGAGGAGCUGAGCCUGGUGUAUAUGGCAGCAAGACUGGACGGUGGCUUUGCAGCAGUCUCCAGGGCGCUCCAUGAGAUCCAUACUAGAAGUCCACAGUUCCAGCCACAAACCCUGAUGGACUUCGGCUCUGGUACUGGUUCUGUCGCCUGGGCCGCUCACGCUACUUGGGGCCAGAGCCUCCGGGAAUAUGUUUGUGUGGACAGCUCAGCUGCCAUGUUGGACCUGGCAGAGAAACUACUGAAAGGUGGUUCACAAUCAGGGGAGCCUUACGUUCGGGGUGUCUUUUUCAGACAGUUUCUACCUGUAUCGCCCAAGGUGCAGUUCGAUGUGGUGGUCGCAGCCUUUGCCCUGAGUGAGCUGCCCAGCGCGGCUGACCGCGCCGCAGUCCUCCACACCCUGUGGCGCAAGACGAGCCAUUUUCUGGUACUGGUGGAGAACGGAACAAAAGCUGGGCACCAGCUUCUCAUGGAUGCCAGGGACCUGGUCCUCAAGGGGAAAGAGAAGUCACCCUUGGACCCUCGUCCUGGGUUUGUCUUCGCCCCGUGCCCCCAUGAACUUCCUUGUCCUCAGUUGAUGGCCUCUCAGCCCCUGGCCUGUAGCUUCUCCCAGGGUUACCAUCCCAUCCCCUUCAGCUGGAAUAAGAAACCGAAAGAGGAAAAGUUCUCUAUGGUGAUUCUUGCCCGAGGGUUUCCAGAGGAUGCUAAUCGCUGGCCACGAAUCACUCAGCCUGUCCUUAGACGGCCCCGCCAUGUGCACUGUCACCUGUGCUGUCCGGAUGGGCACAUGCAGCAUGCUGUUAUCACAGCCAGCCGGCACGGCAGGGACGUGUACCGGUGUGCCCGCGCCAGCUCCUGGGGAGACCUUUUACCAGUGACCACUCCCCCCGAUUCUCCUCCGCUCCCCACUCAGGGUCCGCCUGAGAGCUGACGGAGGCAUAACCAGUGUUUUCUCUCAGACCUGCUGAGGCCGGAGCUUCCUGGUAUCCAGGAAGGACGUGCUGAUACCCCUGUGUGUCUAUAUUUGUGUGAUGUUUUAAUAAUAAAAUUUUAAAGAAUGGAAAGGGA